AAGAAUUUUCUAAUUUAGAAAAAAAAAGUUGAUGUGUUAUCAGAAACAUUGGCGGAGGCGCUGGCUCUGCUCAAGCUACAGAUUAUAAAAGAGCCAGAUCUAUCACCAAAUGCCAUGAAGUUCCCGAUAGAGUCGACAAUGGAGUUGGAACAUUUCAACUCUAUCAUAACUCCGGAGCUCACCGAUUUCUAUAUCAACAAAAUACGGAACUUAAUGGGGACGAGCACAUCGAUGGCAUGCAGCUUAAAAAAUGUGCUGGACGAGAAGCUCAUUUUGGAAUACAACUUAGGCGGUACUUCGGGGAAGAGCUCGCUAAAAAAUUGUAAAGAAUUUUACAAUGUCCGAGAAUCGGCGGUGAAGAUGGAAAUACCCAACGAGCCAGCAGAAAAAGUGAUUCGGAAGGCUAUUCACAACAUUAAGAAUAGUCAUUUUCAGAAGAGCUCAAGAGACAAAAAAUACAAAGCUCUGGCCUCCUCUGCACCUCUGCUUUUGAGGACUUUCUAAUAAAAUGUAUUUUGUAAGUUUGUGUCAUGCUUGCAUUGGACGCAAUAUGUUUUUUAGCGACAGCAUGCUGCCGUUAUUCGCACAACUUGGCCCCAAUUGUUGCCUUACAAAAGCAGCAGUGCGCUUUUGUGGGGUCAGUUGGCACAUUGCGUUGCAACCAGAAAUUGUGGAAAUUUUGUUUAUAAGACACUUUUGGCAUUUUUUGUACGUAUGUGUGCAAUCAUGUAUAAUACUGUAGUGUGACUGAAAUUUAUCAACGAAAAAUUACCAUACAUUUAUACACAAAUAUUGAUGAUAUACCAAAAUACGAACAACAAAUUUGAUUGAUUUCCGAUAUCUCGAUAAAAA